AUGAAAAUCAACACGUCCGAUUACAUAGUGGAAAAAAUACGUAAUGCCUGUUAUCAUUGCACAACAAACUUCCAGAAUCCUAUCUCAGUUGAAGAAAGAGUUGUGGUAUUUAGUAACGGGAAUCUCAUUUCGGCAACUGACAUUCACAUUCCAAAUAUCGAAAUCAUCAGUUGCAUGCAUAGUUAUGGAGGUUUGCAAAGCCAUUUGGCAAUCAUUUUGUCAGGUACAUAUGCGUGUACCAACAAUUGA